UUGCGAGUGCGGACAGCGCUGUCUGGUGCUCAUUUUUGUUAGCCACAUUUCCAUUUUCUGUCUUGGAUUACAAACGUGUGGUUGAUAGAAGACAUGCUUUACCAACAAGACGACGCCAAUGUAUUGAACUCGCUGGAUAUGGACAUUGCUUGUGAAAGCAGCGCUCCUGACGAAUACAUGAUGUGUACGACGCUUAUGCUCGCUAUAAAGUGUCUUCAUUAUUGUGGCGGUUCGGCUAAGCCUAUUCGUAGAACCCGUGUACCUCAAAUGUGUGAACCUUGGGCUAUUCGGCACAUUGACAGCAUUAUGCGCAUUUUCUAGAACCUGCGUCUACACCCGUUACUCUGGCGAAAGAGCAUGACGGAGUUACCCUGCCGGCCCACCCCUAUAAACAUCAUGUGCAAGGUAUGCGAGACGGGCAGCCAAGUUUGCGCCAGUCAUGCAGUUUACAGAGGGGGCAGCAAAUUAGAAGAUGAAGUGAAGUUGGUCGGUCGUUGGAGGCCAAAUGCGCGAUUCAUUGGUGGUUUUGUCGGAUCCAAAACCCGUAGCGGGUGCGCUGCGGGUUCGCGCCAUCACUAUCAAAUGCAUCUAUCCGAUUUCAUGCCUCCCCAGUCAACAAACUGUACAAGUCAGCCCACAUGUGUCAGAGUGGAAGCUCACUGUGUACCAAAUUCGGCAUUCUGCAAAGUGAAGUUGAACGGGCGUAAAGUGCAACAGUUUCAAAUGUCGGUCAAGGAGGUUCUCGGCGAGCAGUGCUCCGACAGUAGUGCUCAGCGGGAUACUGCUGAAGCCGCACCAAAAUCAGGCAAUGAACAUAAGCGCGGCAAUCGCCGACGUAGAAAACGGCAAAAGAGAAGGAAUAAAGCCCAGUCUUCAAAAGCCCAAGUUGCAGAUGACCCAGAAUCGAAUGAAAUUAGGAUAACAGCGACCACGAACUCACCCAAACGUGGUGGUUCUCGCACCACUCGAGACUUAUUGGUUCAUGUUGAAUCAGCUUCUAGUCCGCCACUUUGUAAUUCACCACCGAAAAACACUUACCCAACAUCGAAUCCUACGUUAGCCUUCAUUCUGGGAGGGAACGAAGACUUGAGUGAUGUCGACAGUGACUGGGAUGAAGUUGACAGUGAUGAUGAAGACUACAGUGCGAGUUUCCCGGUUGGUUUUGUCUUUAAGUCGCUGCCAAAUGGAGUUUUCUCUGUGUCUGUGUUUGCUGGCAAUGAAUCGAGAUGCCGCGACGAAGGUUUCGACGACAUCGAUGGUGUCGUGCAUUCGCCUUCUGUUCUCCACGAAGCUAAUGCAAGAUGGAAAGAAUCUUAUUCUAACGUGAAGAUAGUACCACGGGAUUCCAAGGUUCAUUUUCCAACGGACGACAUCCUCGUGGUGGUACGGAAAGCAGACGACAUUGACCGCAAGGGCACCUGGGAACGAGCAGCCAAUGACAGACUUCGGUUUCAGUGUCGAAUCUCAAAUGCGGAAAAAAUCCUAGCACCGGUAUUGAGUACAGAACACCGGCAAAAGGUGCUACAACGAAAUACCGCCUCUUGACCCGCAUGAUUUCGGUAGCCACAAAAUUCACACAGUUUCAGGACUCCACAGGGCUGGCUACAUGUACAAUUCACUGGGACAAAUCUCAAAGAGCAUGUGUUUGUUCAGUUGCUCUUGUGCACAAACUGUGGAGAGGGCAUGCUUUGCGAGAUACAGCAUGGCAGAAAGAAACGUUAAUAUAUGUACAACUUUCACGCUUUUGUAUAAACAAUACGUUUUGCACAGAUGCUUGUAUGAUACUGUUCUUUUUUUCAUCAUCGAUGAAGACGACCAGAUCUCCUCAAAUUAUCUUUAAUAAAAAUGAGCUUUGCUUUGUA